AAUUUUGGUCCAACUAUCGCUAUCGCGAGCAGACAAAUUAACACUGCUGUUACUGAGCGCGACGGCGACGACGACUACUUAGCAGACAGUGCUAUGAAAGUCGUGUGUAUGCCCUAGACAUCCAACCAAUUAUAAGGGUACUGCAUUUUCGUUCGACUGGGCUCAACGCCGGACAUGCCCCAUGUGGUGGUACAAGAGCACUUGCCUCUGUUCGAUGUCAUUCAGGAGAAUGGAGACAAACGAAGAGGCCAUGUCCUUUCGGUAAAUGACGAAAAAGUGUACGUUCACUACGUAGGCGCUGACAAACGGCUCGACGAAUGGCUACCGGGAGAUCGAGUUACGCGCGUCCCCGACCCCGCUACAAAGAAUCAGACCAAGAAGAGAAAGAGAAGCGACGAUGAUGACGGUGGGUCCGACCGUGCUGGCGAGCAAACGCCUGCCUCUCCUGUUACGCUGACGGUGACCGAGGAAGAGCUGGACAGCCAGAUUCGUGAAAGGAUGACAGAGCAGAGGAAUUUCGAAAAGGUCGUGUUUGGGGACUACGUCAUAAGGACAUGGUACUUCUCGCCCUACGUGACAAACGAGAAACCUGAUCCACCGGGCGAGCAAGAAACUCAACAAAACCCUCCGAUAGACCAUAUGAGAACUCACAUUGUCCGACGUUCGACGCUGCCGACCCAGGGAAGAGCGGUGGAUUUCGCUCGUGGCACUGCCAGGGCCACUGGGCUCGAAAAGUCCGUGUUGUAUGUCUGCGAUAUGUGCUUCAAGUACACGACGGAUGGUAUGACUUGGGAGCACCACAAUAAACAUUGUGCGAUGUCGUUUCCACCGGGCCGAAAAGUCUACCAGCGUGGAGCGCAUACCAUCUGGGAGGUGGAUGGUGCCGUUGCGAAGCUGUACUGCCAGAAUCUGUCAUUGUUCGGAAAACUCUUCAUUGACACCAAGACCAUUUUCUUUGAUAACGAAAGUUUCAUGUUCUAUAUCCUUACCGAGGGAACAUCAGAUGCUGAUCAUGUUAUCGGAUACUUUUCCAAGGAAAAAAUCUCAUUUGAUGACUACAACCUGGCGUGCAUCAUCACUUUUCCGCCCUGGCAGCGCAAAGGCUUCGGUAUGCUGAUGAUUGAAUUCAGCUAUGAACUGUCUCGUCGUGAUGGGAAGGUUGGUUCGCCUGAACGGCCUCUGUCAGACUUGGGUCUGAGAAGUUACCUAGCGUACUGGGUUGCGACCCUUGUUAGAUUUUUCAGACGGCUGUUGACUGUAAUACCUGUCGGGUCCAAGAAACUCGUAACUAAAGGCCAUCCUCCGGACCUACGGUCUCCAUCUACAGAGGCAUCUGAAGAUGGUAUUGGGGUGAAGCGGAAAAAGAAGCAUAUAGGCUGGGAUGGAGAGCUUCAUGCGAAUGGGAUGCUCAACUCGGUCGAUGAUGAAUUGUUCUCGUCUCUUCGGACGUUUGUGACGAGGCUGCUACCCAGUGGAGGAGCAACGACGGAUGUUAUGCUCGAGUGCACACUGCAGGAUAUCGCUCAAGCGACAAACUUGCGUGUCGACGAUACGGCUUUCGCUAUGAAUGAGGUGGGAUUGCUGGUGAAGCGACUUCAGGUAGAGGAAGGGAGUCCGAAAGAUAUAAUUGUGCUCACGAGGGACAUGGUGGAAAAGGUUGCAGAGGACAGGAAUGUCAAGCAGCCUUGUUUGGACCCUCAGUAUCUCUGCCAGUAAUUUGGUAUUUGUAAGAUUUAAUUUUUUCGCGUGCCGUAGGAUUGUAAUUUUCCAUUGAUAAAGAGUACAUUAGAAGAUGGAUGCUAUUGAUUUCAUUCUGACUCGUGAAGGAGACCAGAAGUCGGCACCUACAUGGACUCGUAAUUACAUAGUGUAUUCAUGUUGUUCGAGACCUGCAAGGUACUAGGAAAGGUUGUAACGAAGAUGGG